UGGUCAUGGCCAUUGGGGAUGGUGGGUUUUGCUCUUUUCUCUUUGCAGGUUCCAGGAGAGGGGACCCACAGGCAUCCGCCCUUUUUUGCAUAAAUUUUGGCCAUAAAAAUCCAGAAACGACUGAGUGUACCUGCGCAUCAAGGAUUCCCUUUGGCUUGGUUGAGAGUCCCAACACUCCCUUUUUUCUCUCUGUUUCCGUUUCUCUCUUUUUUGUUUUUCCUCAAAUUUUCUUUAAUUUUUAUUUAUUUCCCUCUCACGCUUCCCUGGCCUUUCCUUGGUAUUGGCGACGUAUGAAUAUGGUAAUCCUUUUAUAGCCCCUUCAUACAUUUCUUCUUUGUUGCUUCAUAAAUCUCUUCACCCUUUUCGUCUCCCCCCUUCUUUCUCCCUCUCUCUCUCUGAUGGAUUAGUUUUGCUUUCAAGGAGGAGUUAAAGGUUAGGAGAUAGAUCGCCAUGGAUCCUUCUUUCAAUGGUUUUUAAUACUAUGUGGCUCUGGCUUCUAUAAGGUCUCCUAUGUCGUGAAUGGUGCAAUUAAUCGGAACGUCUUCAUGCAUGCUUUGUUCUCGAUCCUUCAAAAUGUAGCAAGCUGACCAUGGAAGAAAAACAAGAGCUAGUGUAUGAACUAUCAAAAUGGCCCGAACUUGCUCCUGAGCUGCUGCAGUCAUGGAGCCGCCGGGAGCUGCUGGAGGUCAUUUGUGCAGCCAUGGGAAAAGAGAGAAAAUAUACUGGCCUACCAAAAUCUAGGAUGAUAGAGCAUCUUCUUAGGAUAGUUUCAGAAAAAAAAAUGGGACAUAGUGACGAAUAUGCACAAUCAGGAUCAUCUCCGAUGCUGCCAAGUGCUCCAAAUACUUCAAAAAGACAGAGGAAGACUGAGAAUCCUUCACGACUAGCAUUGGAUUCUACCAGUUCAUUGUAUUGCCAGAAUGUAGCUUGUAGAGCUACCUUGACCAACAAAGACACGUUUUGCAAGAGGUGUUCAUGCUGCAUUUGUCACAAAUAUGACGAGAAUAAGGAUCCCAGUCUUUGGUUGGUUUGCGUCUCUGAGCCUCCUGAUCUGGGUUACUCUUGUGGCAUGUCAUGCCAUCUUGAUUGUGCCCUUAAGCAUGAAAGAUCUGGUAUCACAAGGAAUGGAAACUUUGAUCGAUUGGACGGAGCCUUCUGCUGCAUUAGCUGUGGAAAAGUCAAUGAACUCAUCGGGUCCUGGAGAAAGCAAUUGAUGGUUGCAAAGGAUGCUAGAAGGGUGGAUACCUUGUGUUAUCGACUUUCUCUUAGUCGUAAGCUCCUAGAAGGGACCAAACAGUACCAGGAGCUCAAUAACAUUGUCGAACUUGCGGCCGAGAAGCUAGAACAAGAAGUUGGGCCCCUUGAUGGGUCACAGGUAAGAAUGGCACGAGGAAUCGUGAAUAGGCUUACUUGUGGCUCUGAAGUUCAAAAACUCUGCAUUUCUGCAAUAGAAGCACUAGAUUACAUGCAUUCAAUGGCCUUAGAUACAUAUUCCAAUCUGAAGAGCUAUAUCAAUUCCAUUGAUGUUAUGCCUCUCAGAAGUAUCAAGUUUGAAGAAGUCUCUCCAACAUGUCUUAUGAUUCUUCUGGAUUCUGAUGAAGUUACAUGCUGUACCAUUUGGCACCGAAUAUUUAGCACAGUUAAAUAUCCUGAAGAACCUACAUGUACUCUACUGAAAUCCGACAGGAAAUGUUAUCUUUCAGAUCUCCUCCCUGCAACAGAAUAUGUUUUCAAAAUCAUUCCUCUCAUUGAAACAAAGGAAUUGGGAUGUUGGGAAAUUAAAUACAUGACUAACCAAGCUGCUUGUGAUGCCAAGAUGAGCCCAUGUGCAAGAAGCGCCUCUUUGGAGAAUGGAAAACCUGAUACCACAUCUGGCCAAGGGAAUAAUUUGAAUCAGAAGCAUGAAACUGAAGGUUUAAGUAGGAUACUUGAUCACAGUACAAAUGGAAGUGAUGACCAAGCAAUGACCUCUGAGAUUAUUGAGGCUGUUGAGCAAGAUGUGCCUUGUGAUUCUCUCUCUAUACAAGACGGGCAUCUGGUUGGUCCAGCUGCACAGAAAGAGUUCCAGAAUGGUUUUCCAGGUUGCAUUAGCAAUUACCAAGACGACCAAUUGCAUAUGCAAAAUGUGCAUUGUGAAACAACGUUUUACAGUGAAAAUGGUUGCAAUGAGAAACUGAAUGUGAACAACGGUCUGGAGGAUCAGCCAUUUUUUGUUUCCUCGGCAGCUGUUCUGCCUUGUACUCCUUGUAAACUAGAAGCUUCCAUAGAUGCACCUGGAAGGAAGAAGAGAAUGAAACUAGAGAGCCAAUUUGAGAGUGGGCCAGUCAGUCCAGUCCAGGAGAUUCCCCCAAAAGAUCCACAGUGUGGGAGUUCUUCAAAGAAAAAAUGCCCAAGGAGAGUUGAAGAUGGACAUAUUAGGGUCCAUCCAGGCUUCACCCAAAUAGAGCAGACCAAAGAUAUCUCGGGCUCAUUGGAAGGGGAUUAUGAAUACUGCGUAAAGGUAAUCAGACGAUUGGAAUGUGAGGGCCAUGUCGAGAAAAACUUUAGGGUGAAGUUUCUUACUUGGUUCAGUUUAAGGGCAACUCCACAGGAGAGAAGGAUAGUUAGCGUUUUUGUGGACACUCUUAUUGAUGAUCCAGCAGGCUUGGCUGGGCAAUUAGUUGAUACGUUCUCUGAAGGAAUCUGGGGCAAGAAAGCACCUGUCCCCAGUGGGUUCUGCACGAAGCUCUGGCACUAGUUUUGUCUAGUGGUCUCUGCCAGUUUCCCAGUCAGUCAUUGGGUUUUAGUUCUUCAGCUGGAGACUCCCUGUUUUCUCAAAAUUUAUUCCCAUUGGAAUUGUUUUAGAGAGCAAUCGGUAGGUUGUUCACCUCAGCCAGAAAGCGUGAGGCUCUUUUGCAUGCGGCUCUCUCGCAAUAGAAAACCAGCCGUCAUGUUAACCUUCAUUACAUUAGAAGUUUUGGUCUUGUCAACUAAACUAUAUGAUGUUACUCUUCCUGCGUGCAGAUAAAUGCAGGUGCAUACUAUACUUAUACUC